UGAGAUUGGCCUACCCAGCAAUAAUAAGUCGCUUAAACAGUCCUGAGCACGGACUAUUUUGCUAGCUAGCUAUCCUUGCUAACAAGCUAGUUAGCAGUCGCUGGCUAGCUAACUGUCUGGUCUAAGGUCUAGCACUCAGCUAGCUAUAGCUAACCAGAAAAACUGAUUUCUCUUGGAAUUUGCUGUCAACUUCUCCGCCUUGUUGGGAUGGUUCUGUGGAUUGAUAAAACAAUCCAACAGCAGAGCGAGGCACGGGGUAUCGGGGGUCGACAACGUUAUAAUUCUUGGACUUCAACUAUUUUUGCCUUAAGGAGCGGAGCUUUUGUGGACGAGUGUUUUUGUACAGCUGCUAGUUGACGGAAACUGAUCUCUUGUCCAUGGAUCCGUGUUGGCAAAGUUGUUGAAAACAAAGCGGACAUUCUAAGAAAACCCUCAGGGAAAUGAGUAGCCAUAAAAAUAACGGCUGACUGACCUCGAAGAAGACAAGUUAACUAACUUAGCUAGUUCAUUUUUACAGUUGUAGAUUUCUUGCUAAUUAACAGCUAAUUUUCAAUAACAUUGAUCUGAAUAUAAUAUCAAGUCGACCACUGUUGGCAUCGAAACGAAGUGCCCGGGAGUAACGUUAACUCUUGUGCCAGUAAGCAUUUAGCUGGAUGAGGGCUGCAUUAUUUAAUAGGAAUUAAGCUUUCACAGACCACUUAGUGCCUUGAACUGUGCUCCCCUCGUCCUCCAUUACUUGAUAGGUCAAACUUAGUUCUUUCAUAAACACUAAAAGUAACCAGCUUUGGUGAUCUAGACUGUGAUAACACAAGCUGAUAUAGUUAAUUGUCAAUGCGUGACACAAGUGGCAAACAGUGGUGAAUUUAGCUACUUUGAUUUGUUCACCUUGAGGGUUUGGAAAACAAUUUAACAACAAGCCGUUUAUUCUAUCUGAAACCUCGGGCUUAUCUGAAGACCUGCAUCAACGGAUCAUGCAAAUGAUCUGAACGAGGAAACUGGACAUAGCUGGUUUGCUGCUGUACACGAACAGUCAAUCAUUUAAUGGGAUGCUUUUCUACAGAACAUACCCCAAAAAGUUUCUUCAGCCUGAAAGGGAGAACGCGAACUGUUUUUGCACAACAUCCAAAUGGACCCUCACCCUCUGAACACCUCGCACCAGUUUUCUAAUUAGUUUUCACUUGAAUCCCUUUCCCCGCAACAUUUUUAUCCUGGACUUAUUUUGAUGCUGGGUUGUAUGCCAAACUGCAGCCAUGAUGAUAUUAAGCAGAAAGCCAGACGGUCCCAUCACGGCAGCGAGACAUGGGGACGGCCUCUAUGACUCUUACAUGCGCACGGACCACAUCCUGAACGAGGACGCCGACAUCAACGGACACAGCCCCGCCGGACUCCCUCCGCUCCCCAAACACUCCACUGUGAAUAAGCCGAUGAUGAAGGAUCACCAUGGGGUUCGCACUGCUCAGAUGAAGGUGAAGUACCUCUACGAGGACGCGUACAACCGCAAGCUGAACGGCCUCGCCCAGUGCAACGGCACCACCGGCGUCACCGUGGGUAACGGGGUUCCGGUGGCGGUGAAGAGCCAGCCGGCGCUCUCCAAGGAGCGCAGCGUGGACAGCAACGGCUCCGGCAAGUCCAGCGACACCACCACCACCUCCUCGUCCGCCGCCACCACCGCCGCCGCCACCAAGGCCGCGGUCAAGCCGCCGGCGGGGUCACUGACCCCCGAGCAGGCGCUGAAGCAGUACCGGCAGCAGCUCACGCCCCUAGAGCAGCAGGAGAUCCACUCCUACGCCGACGUCUACUUCCUGGGGCCCAACGCCAAGAAGAUCCAGGCCGUGGCCGGCGGCUCCAACAACAGCGGCUACGACGACGACCAGGGGGGCUACAUCCACGUGCCUCACGACCACCUGGCCUACCGCUACGAGUUCCUCAAGGUCAUCGGCAAGGGCAGCUUCGGCCAGGUGGCCAAGGUGUACGACCACAAGCUGCACCAGCACCUGGCGCUGAAGAUGGUGCGCAACGAGAAGCGCUUCCACCGGCAGGCGGCCGAGGAGAUCCGCAUCCUGGAGCACCUGCGCAAGCAGGACAAGACGGGCGGCCUCAACGUGGUCCACAUGCUGGAGCACUUCACCUUCCGCAACCACAUCUGCAUGACCUUUGAACUCCUCAGCAUGAACCUGUACGAGCUGAUCAAGCGCAACAAGUUCCAGGGCUUCAGCCUGCCGCUGGUGCGCAAGUUCGCCCACUCCAUCCUGCAGUGCCUGGAGGCCCUGCACCGCAACAAGAUCAUCCACUGCGACCUGAAGCCCGAGAACAUCCUGCUCAAGCAGCAGGGCCGCAGCGGCAUCAAGGUCAUCGACUUCGGCUCCAGCUGCUUCGACCACCAGCGCGUCUACACCUACAUCCAGUCGCGCUUCUACCGUGCGCCCGAGGUCAUCCUGGGCUCGCGCUACGGCAUGCCCAUCGACAUGUGGAGCUUCGGCUGCAUCCUGGCCGAGCUGCUGACCGGCUACCCGCUGUUCCCCGGCGAGGACGAGGGCGACCAGCUGGCCUGCAUGAUGGAGAUCCUGGGCAUGCCGCCGCCCAAGCUCCUGGAGCAGUCCAAGCGCGCCAAGAACUUCAUCAACUCCAAGGGCCACCCGCGUUACUGCUCGGCCAGCACGCUGGCCAGUGGCGCCGUGGUGCUCAACGGGACGCGCUCGCGCCGCGGCAAGAUGCGAGGGCCGCCCGGCAGCAAGGAGUGGGCGGCGGCGCUCAAGGGCUGCGACGACCCGACGUUCAUCGACUUCCUGAAGAAGUGUCUGGACUGGGACCCGGCCACGCGCAUGACGCCAAUGCAGGCCAUGCGCCACCCCUGGCUCUACAAGCGGCUGCCCAAGCCCGUGCCCACAGCCGGCGUGGGCGAGAAGCCGCUGGUGCCCAAGCGGGUGACGGAGCACAGCACGUCCUUCCCCAGCAUCAUGGCCAAGGUGCCCCCGGCCAUCGCGCCCGCCAACAACAAACUGCGGACCAACAUGAUGGGCGACUCGGGCGGGAGCAUACCUCUACGCACUGUGCUUCCCAAACUCGUCUCGUAGAGUUUGGCCCCCCCAAACCCCCUUCAGGGAUGUGGACUUGUGGUGUUGCUUUUUAGACUUGUUUGUUUUUGUUUCUUUUUGUUUUUUUUUGUUUUUUUCACGGUUUUGAGUGGUUAACACUCAACGGUUUUAAAGCAAGCAAAAAAAAAAAUGGACAUGAAGAGAAAAAAAAAAAAAGUUUUAUACUACAUUUCAUCAAUGCUGUGUUUGUUUUCAUCCAACUGCCUUUGUAAAGGUUUGUGAGUUUUUAA